UUCACAUGUGUAAAGUAAAGGUUGAUGUGGCCAAAGCGGCGAGUGCGGUGUGCGAAUCGACAACACUUGAAAUGCUAAAUUUUUAAGGGCCUUUGCUAGUACUGAAAUCGAAAACAUUUAAGAAUUAAACCUAGGUAAUCAAUGCCACUAGUAGGAACUAAUUGGUUUCCCCUAUGAAAAUGUUCUUUGUUUUUUUAUCAAUAGGUAUUUUAUAGAAAAAUACUAAUCUGUCAAAGAAUAUAAAUAUCACUCCCUUAUAAUGUGAUCAUUGUGAUUUGGUGACUAACCGAAAAGACGGUUAAGUUCACGUGCGCAAGAGUAAAUACAGCGACGGUGGCGGUGGUUGGCGGGAACAAUGAACGCGCCGCUGAAUUGGCACAAAUGGCUAGUGUUGUCGCUGCUCGGAUUGGCUUUGUCCGCUCGCACAAUUGGCUGCGAUUACAGUUCCAUCACCGAGAAAUUUGGAGCGGAAGCCGUGGCUCGAUGCAAUGAAAAAUGUCCUUUCCAGAACCGAACCGGCAACGACCACUUUGACGUGAGUUGCGGAUCUGAUUGCAGUGUGCAACAGUGCAAACUUGGGUGUAGCUUAUGGCAAGAAGGAUUGGAAAAUUCAUGUCAAAUCGUUUGCAAUGUCACAUCAGAAACUGUAUUUUCACGGGAACUCUACUGUGUUAUGGGAUGUAACGAGGCUUUAAAUACUUACUUCCAAAAGUUAAGAGAAUUGAUUGGGAUACCAACUGCACCAGCUUUAGUGGCAGAUAGUUUGACAGCUACGUCACUAUCGUUAGUAUGGGAGGCGCCGAAUUUGGGUAACCUAAGCUACAUGGUACAAUGGCGUUACGAAGAACUACCCGGCACGUGGCAAUACUACUCUAACUCUAGUCAUUCCGAUCAGUCCAUAAUACACGUGGACGGUCUACGGCCCUACACUAAGUAUAGGUUUCGGGUGGCCAUAUUCUUAUCUGGUCGAAGUGGUACGGGAGAACCAGUAUACUCUGCGCCAUCAGUGGUAAUAUCUACUUUAGAAAGUGGUAAACCCAGCUCAGCACCCUCGUCUCUACGAGCUGCAGCCCCUGACCCCAGUCGAGUGGCCAUCUCAUGGGAGCCCGGCCCAUUCCCUAAUGGACCACUAAUAUCAUACGUACUGAGACUAGCAGAUACACAACCGAACACCAAUGAUGCACUUGAGGAUAUGCCAGCCUCGAACAAGACUCUAUUCUACAUGUUCCAAAACUUAGCUCCUGCACGCGAAUAUGAAGUGUCGGUUGCAAUGCGAAACGCAGUGGGUGAAGGACCGAGAGCUUAUGUCAAAAUUUCCACACCCCCUUUACCUACCUCCGUUCCUAGUCAACAACCGAUUUUAAUUUUGGGAGGAGAGCAAAAUGUUUUAGCCGCACCCGCUAAUGAUAUGUUAUCCGAUCCUGUAGAGUUGUAUAGCACGGAAUACUCUAUUGCUGGUGUCGGAUUAGAUAUUUCAAGUAACUCUCUGUUCACGUCAGUAUCAAACGGUGUUGUAUAUCGCAGUAGUCUUUCCAAAAAGAGUGAUUCUGAACCAAUACUUACACCCAAUAAUUUCAAGCCUCAAGACUUAUCAGUCGACUGGCUAAAUCGUCACUUGUAUGUACUCGGCGAAGUGCACCACAGAACAGCAUACGGAUCAAAUAGUACAUUUACUGCAAACUGGGAAAUUCUACGAUGUAAUUUCGACGGCAAGAAUAUGAUCACUGCGAUAUCUGGCUUUAAUUCUCGACCGAUACAUUUCGAAGUUGAUGCUUAUAAUGGUUAUUUAUUCUGGGCACAACAAGGAGGUGACCGCGGCGGUCUCUAUAGAUUAGAUUUAGCAAAUAUUUCAAACGGUGUUCACCCGGAUGCUGGUCCAGAAAUUAUAGUCCGUGAUGCACACCUUGGAGCUUUUACCGUAGACCAUGCAGAUUUUAGGAUACUUGUCGCGCAUCUUAGAAAGAACACAGUAUUAGCUGUGUCACUAGAUGGACGAGAAGUAACCGAUUUCCGAGCCAACACACAAACUCCGAUGUUUCUAUCAACACGUUCCAUAGCUUACGCCGGUGGCCUUUUCUACUGGACUAAUGGCAAAGAAAUGCUGACGGAGGAAUAUCAUGCACAAAGUGACAGUUAUUUUCACAACGAGUACCCUUUAGCUUAUAACACAAAGACAAUAGCAACGAGACAAGUUUUGGUCGCUUUGAGAAGUUGUCAACCGAUUCCAGUGCCUGUAAACCCACCGUUAGGUUUGCAAAGUGUAAUGGGUAUCAAUCGUGCGAAAGUUUCGUGGUCGCCUCCUCAUCUUUUGGGUCAUCAGGGCAGUGGUGCUUGGCAACAGUGGACUUUCCAUUUGCAACUUACGCAUGUCAAUACCGGCAAUGUCACAGAUAUUGAGAAUAUAACAGAGUCAACGUGUGUGGUCGAAAACUUGAAGCAAGACGCAGAAUAUGUUAUCAGAGUGGCAGCUGUAACUGAGUCUGGUUCAGGUCCAUGGUCCUCAGAAUUCGUAGGUAAAACUCUAGCGUCAUCGCCGAACACACUACACAGCACAUUGUUGUGGUCUGGACCAGAUGGACUGUUGCAAACUGAUCUAACAGGCGACAAUUUACAAAUACUAAUUCAUAGAGGACUUUUAAAAAACCUCCACAUCACCGACAUUUCCUGGUAUCGUGACUUGCUGUACCUGGUCACAAACGCUUCUACAGUAAUGUGGUAUAACACCACAACGCACAAAAGAGGUUUAAUGUCUAAUAUGGAUAAUGUUGGUAGUUUAGCUGUAGAUUGGGUGGGCAAGAAAAUUUACUGGUCUAAUCCGAAACAGCAAUUGAUAACACGAGGCAAUUUAGAUGGUGGGAAUCGGGAGCCAGUACCGAUUGUGACGGUUGCUAAAGAGCUUACAAUAGACUCGUUAGGCGCAUACAUAUACUGGAACACGGGACACGCAGUUGAAGCGGCAAGACUUAAUGGAGAGAAUAAGAUGAUAUACUAUCCAGCCCAGCUGUUUAGUGGGAAGCAAGUAAUGGGGCUUACGGCGGAUUUAGAGGAGAAAUGGCUUUAUUGGCUAGUAAGAAGCUAUGAUGGGUCUGAACUACACCGUGCUCCAACUGCAGACCAAAUUAACCAUGGAAUUAGUGAGGUAUCUGGAUCGCUUGUGACCCGUUUAUCCGGAACAGCGACCUUAGGUCCCUUGUGCUACUUCAGCGGCCGUCUAGUAUGGGUGCAGGACGCUUCAAGGGCCGUUGUAUCGGAUCUGGCUGGCAGAUACACCGCAGAUCUGGUGCCACGAGUUCAUGUCAUCGCAGUCAGAGACCCCACCCUACAUGCAGACAGUGAAUCAUUAAUAGCAAUCCCGGAGACAAUAAAUCCUUCGUCCAUAACAGUGGCGGGCGAAUGGGACAGGUUCAACGUUACAUGGGAUCCAGCUACACGUGUCAAUGUCAACAAUAGCAGAGUUUAUUAUGACGUCAGCUUGCAUUUUCCUGGACAGUACAAGAUUGAAAAAACAGUAGAGGAGUCAUGGCUGGAGGUGGUAUCAGUGUCGGUGGCUCCGUACAGUAGCAUGGAGGCGACGGUGCGCGCCCACACGCACUGGGGCGGCGGGCCGGCCGCGCGCGCCGCGCUGCGCUCGCCGCAAGCACCGCCCUCCGCACCGCGCGCGCCACGGAUCUACGUGCAACCUGCUAUCAGCGGCGGUCCUCAAUCUGCUAUAUUCCGCUGGGGCAGCCCGGCCCGUGUUAACGGAGUGAUACGAGGGUAUGAAGCACAAUGCUGGGUGGUGGGAGCGGACUCCAGUUCUCCCACUAAGCCUUCCGCCUGCGCCGACGCUCACCUAUCACCCUCGCACACACAACUCAUGCUGAGAAACCUGACGCCUGCUUCUAAAUACUUUUUUCAGGUUCGAGCUCACACUGAUGCAGGAUUUGGUCAAUAUUCCGAAGUUGUAUCCGCAUCAUCCGAUGAUGUUAAUCCCAUCCCAAAAGUCAUGGUCUCUUCUCAAGAAUCUAUCAAAAUUAUCGAUCUCGACUCCGGUGAAAGUGAAACAAUCCCUAAAAGUACUGGAAUCCCGGUUGACUUUGCCGUAUCUACCGAGGAAAACAUUGUUUAUUGGGUUAACGACUUGGAAGAAAUAUUUUCCGCGAGGAUUAACGGCAGUGGACAUUUUAAGCUCACGUCGAUCAACGGAUCAGCGAGCAGUAUGUGUGUGGAUUGGGUGAGCAGGUCAGUAUACUGGACUCAGCUGGAAAUUACAUCCGUCGAACCAUAUGUUACUUACCGAGCUGAUCUGGGUAUGCCCAAUACUCGACCUCACAUCACAAGGGUCUUUUCCAGAAAACAACCGAUUUAUAGUUUGCAAAUAGCACCUCUGCAUCGGACGCUGUUCUGGUAUGAAGAAAUGGAACAUCCAGGGCUAGGUACAAUAAUGACAUCUCGUUUAAAUGGCUCCGACGUUAAGCCCUUCUUUAGAAGUUCUGAAACUACCGGACGUGAGUGUAACUGCCCCGAAAACCCACAUGUGGCGAAAGCUUUUGUCAUCGACAUGACUAGGAGUAAAAAUUAUGACUUGUAUUGGGUCGAUCCUUGGCUACAUCACAUCAUAGCUACAGAUAUGGAUGCCUGUAAAUGCAGAGUAGUUGUUGAUGCAACUGAAAAGAAAAAAUACGGAUUUACACCAAUGUCCAUCACAGUUGAUAGCAGAUACGUUUACUGGUUUAAUUCAACACAAAAAGAAAUAUUCUAUACGACAAAACAUCACAAGACAAGGAUAGAAGAAAGAAAGACUGCGUAUGGAUACAAGAUCAUGGCUUUGGAUUCGGGUAACCAGCCUUACCCACCGAGAUUAUGUUUGUUUCCUAAAAUACUGAUGCUAAGGCCGAAACUUAUUGCGAAUUCGGCGAACAGCAUAACGUUGCAUAUGCCUUAUGUAGAGAAGCCGAAUCGAUGUCACUCUUUGGAGUAUGAAAUGUCGACGACAGAAUACACAAUAUUUUACAGAAUACAACAACGAAACGACACUUCUUUGUGUGAUAAAGAAUCGUGUGCACACGUCACUACUACAAACACCAAAGUAGUGAUUAAUGAUCUGAAACCGUUCACAAACUACACAGUCAUGUUAGAAGCUACUAAUUACUACGCGAAAUUACAUGAGGUGAAGCCACUUGUUGGUUCUCCAAUGAUUAUACAAACAGCGGCUGAAGCCCCCACAGCCCCUAAAGACGUGACGGGAAUGGUGUUAAGCCCGGUACUAGCGCACAUAGAAUGGAAGCCUGACCCAGGACUCUCGUACGAAGUACAUUGGAGUACUGAUGACUCUCCUUCACUGCCACAUAAGUUUAAGGAGCACAACACGUUCGAGGUAUCGUCGGACCGCGCAGCCAACAUCACGCGGUUGUCCCCGGGCACGGCGUACCUGGUGUGGGUGCGCGCGCGCUCGCGCCACUCGGCGGUGUGGGCCGACAGUGCGCCGCUGCGCCUGCGCACGUUCCCGCAGCCCGCGCCGCUCGCUGCCGUCGCCUCCUCGCCCGCAGACAUACGGCUCCUGUGGCCGCCACCCACCACCUACCAACUGCACCAGUAUAGAGUGGAGUAUAUUGAAGCAACGCCGACCAGCUCGACAUGGAAGUCUUGUACCAGAGACGAGCGGAAUGAAUGGGUGGCUACUGAUCUACGGCCUCUAACCCGCUACCGCUUCCGUCUGCGACUGCAAUACGUUACCAGUGGACCGCCUUACUACUGGCCGCAUGAUGACCGUUUCACUUUCGGGACACUUGGUGACGUUCCUGGCCCUCCAGGACCCUUACGAGUAGAGAGUUUUCGUAGUGGAGUGCUGCAAGUGAAAUGGAAUGAACCGGACUCGCGAGGCUCCCCAAUUUUAUCUUAUCGCGUUUGGGGAAGACCACAACAUAGGGUAAGCCAAGGAAGCGAAAAUAUCACCAAGAAUCUCAGUGAGCUGUUACCAGCAAACCUGCCCUCGGAUUUAGACGACAAGAUGAAAAUGCGCGUCGCAAGGGAAGGGUGGGAAUUACUUCAUAAUUGUACCGAAACGUUCUGGUUGCUGAGCUCCGAGGGCGCGGGCGUGGGCUGGGUGGCGCGGGUGCAGGCGCGCAAUGCGUACGGCUGGGGCGCGCUGUCGCCCGCCGCCGAGCUGGACGCCGCCGCCGCCGCGCCGCACCGCCCGCCCGCCGCCGCACUGGCGCUGGCCUUACUGGCCGCGCUCGCCGCGUUACUCGCCGUCGCCGCCGCCGUCUUCUACGCAGCAUACAACGCCCGCGCUCGGAAGAAAGCGGCUGUUGCAAAUCAAAUUACAACGAAUCCUACAAGAAGAGGACCCGACGUUGAACUUGCAACAUUGAGACAGUUGCCGACCAGACAUUCCACAAAUAUCCUUUACAAUCAGGGUGUGCAUUGCCCAACGGACGCGGAACUGGCCAGCUUGCCCCAUAUUCGCCGUGAACAGAUAACUUUGACCAAGUUCCUGGGUUCUGGAGCAUUUGGAGAAGUAUUCGAAGGAGUAGCCAGGCAACUUAAUGGUAGUACUGCUGACACUAAAGUGGCUGUUAAGACAUUACGCAAGAGUGCAACAGAACAAGAAAAGACUGAAUUCCUAAAAGAAGCUGCCUUGAUGUCGAAUUUCAAACAUGAACAUAUUCUACGCCUUUUGGGAGUAUGCCUCGACAAUGACCCCAAUUACAUAAUAAUGGAACUUAUGGAGGGAGGCGACUUACUGAGUUAUUUGAGGGCUAAGCGCGCUUCACUUUACACCCCUGAAUCUCUAACGCUAUUGGACCUCUUGAACAUGUGUGUGGACGUAACGAAAGGAUGUCGCUACUUAGAAGAGAUGCACUUCGUCCACCGCGACCUUGCGUGUCGAAACUGCCUCGUAGCCCACCGAGCUAACGGACGAGUUGUUAAGAUUGGUGACUUUGGAUUAGCCAGAGAUAUCUACAAGAAUGAUUACUACAGGAAGGAAGGGGAAGGAUUGCUGCCAGUGCGUUGGAUGGCAGUGGAGUGCUUAGUGGAUGGAGUGUUCUCUUGUCAGUCCGACGUCUGGGCGUGGGGAGUACUUUGUUGGGAGAUAUUAUCAUUGGGUCAACAACCGUACCCUGCCUGCACUAAUCGACAAGUGCUGUCAUACGUCCGAAGCGGUGGCACGCCUGAUAGACCACCCAACUGUCCUUCUGCAUUGUACGAGUUGCUGCAGAAGUGCUGGAGCUACGCAGCGGAGGCGCGGCCGUCGUUCCGCCAGUGCUUGCAGGUGGUGACGGCGCUGCGGGACAAGACCUCGCCCAACAUCACGCUCACCGCCACGCCCAGCCCCGCGCCGCACUAUCUCACCCUACUGCCCGACGAUGCCGUCGACAACCGCACCUACCUAUUGGACGAGAAUGACAACGCCUGCUUAGAUGAAGAUUUCCCGGACCACAUGGAGCCCUCACGACUACUUCCAGAGCGAACCCCGAAAUACUUAGAACUUAUGUACGACAGCGACUCUGCUCAAGGCACUAUAUGUGAUGGUUACGAGAUACCGAGAGCACCAAUCACGUACAUGCCUGCGUUCUCUAGACACAGCAUCGUGGGCGUGGCCCCGAACAGACUGAUCAAGCCUCCCUUGUACAGAACACAUUCCCUGCGGACCCAGUCGCGGCCGCCGAACGCCACGAUCAUUCCAUUGAGGAACGGGCUGGUCAAGCGCGCCUCGCUAUGCGAGGAGAUCCGUGCCCGGGAGCCACGCCCCACCUCGUCUCGAGAACAGCCGCGAGUUGACUUAGACUUUGAUAAACACGUAUUCAAGACUCCAUUUUGAACUGUGAUAUUAGAAAAAAUAAAUUAUGCAAUAAUGAUAUGUAAAUUUUCCACCGAAUGAGGAUACUGUUUUAGAAUUAAGUGAAUAUUUAAUAUUAUUUAUUUUGUCUAGAGUACAGUUUGUAAAUAGAGAUGAAUAAAUUCGUUGUAAAUAUUAGUGUAAAUAAUCUACCGUGUUGCGAUUAAGUAUCUUUAGAACACAUCACAAGACAACAUAAUAAAUGCAUUUAAUAAAAGCCAACAAAUUAAAUAUAUCGCCUGGUA